AGCGACUAUCCGUUAAAAAUACGUUACACGACGUUUAUAAAACAACUACUGAAAAUAAAAAAGCGGUGAAAAAAUGAGUCUGCUUUACUCGUCCGAGGCGAAUCGAUACCCGACGAUGUGGAAUUUAUAAAAGUGGCUGCCCGAAGCCGGACGGAGCGUCUGCGCUCUUGCUUUUUCACGUGUCUCCAUGACUGCACCGCUCUCUCUCGUGCGCGCAGGCCGCGUGCGAGCGAGACGACCAUGUUUGUCAGCUUGCUUCUCGUUGCGCGUGUCUGUUUGCCGUUAUGCGCGUUGCCGUGUUUGUUCCGCGCUCUCGUUGCGAAGUGACGUGUCUCUAAUCGCGAUAAAUUGUAUCUAAAGUUUUGCGUCGACUAUUUCGAGUGCGGUGUAUGAUUUUCGUGCGGCGCCAACGCGACUCACUCAUGGCCUAAAUGUUGUAAGGUGUUCGAAACUCUAACAUGGAAAGGGAGAAGCGUCAAAGAGUAAGGAUGCCGCAGAUGGUCGUGAGCGGGGAGGAAGGCGGGGGGUGUGUGAAGGUGAAGGCCGAGGUCGCGGGCGCGGGGGCGACGGCGGUGGGGCGCAUGGUGGACUCGAGCCAGGCCGACGACCGCAAGCUGAUCCGCUUGGUGCGCGAGCGGAGGCUGCUGUAUGCGCGGAACAACAUGCCGGUGGCGAGCUACUACACGCAGGUGAAGAACCUGUGGGACGACGUCGCCGUGCUGAUGGGCUGGAGCGUAGCAGACGUGCGAAGGAAAUGGUCACACAUCAGAAACUCGUACUCCCGCCACCUGCGGAACGAGAUGCACGGCGCCUGCACCAGCAAGGGGCGCAUGGUGUCGCGCUGGUAUCUCGCAGACGAGCUGGAGUUCCUGCGCGAGCACAUGGCGACCGACAUGAGAUCUACACCUUACACGGCGUACGCGCCGACGUUACUCGAAAUGGAUCUCAACGAGUCGACCACUUCGGAAUCAGUCGAUGUAAAACCAUUCAUCCACAGUCCGUGGUUCGCGCUGAAUACUACGUCACAGUCACCCGGCUUGGAACACAAACCGCCUUCGACGCAUAAUGAAGACAGCUCCAGCUCAACGGCAUUCUCCCCAGAUGAAAACACAUCCUUUUUUCAAUUCUUCCGAGGUAUCCACAGUGAUUACUUAGAAUUACCAGCCAAGAAGCAGAGACGAUUUAAGAGAAAAUGUUUAAAUUUCCUACACGAGCUGCUGGACGAGGAAGACAGCGACCAGCCAAUACAGGAUUAUCCACACCAAGCGAAUGUGCUGAAUUUAUCCAACUCGGGUCAUGUUAUGGGAGACGACAAAGACGUUAAGCCGAUAGUAGAGGACGGAUACAUUCUUCCCAAUAACUGAUACUGUUGUAAGACAUUGUAUUGUUGAUACGAUUCGACGGGUGUUUCCCGGUGUUCGCUUGUGAGACAGAUUCACUGGCGUGGCUUAUGCAAGUUCCUAAGAUUAUUGUUAGUCAAUAACUAAUUAAAUAUAUGUUAAAAGGUCUUUUAAGAAAUAAAUCUAUUUUAUAUGUUU